CUCUGGGGUCUGGGAUUUAAUGUCAAUGAUGGAAAAACUUAAAAAUGCUUCCUGGAUCCACCAGCAGGAAUUGGAAGAUCCACUCAAGAAGUACUUGAACAGCACCGAGGACUACCUGGCCUACCUGUGCGGGCCUCCCCGCAGCCACCUCUUCCUCCCGGUGUCUGUGGUGUAUGCUAUGAUUUUUGUGGUGGGGGUGGUGGGCAAUCUUCUGGUGUGCUUGGUGAUUCUCCGGCACCAGACAAUGAAGACACCCACCAAUUACUACCUGUUCAGCUUGGCUGUGUCUGAUCUCCUGGUCCUGCUCCUGGGAAUGCCCCUGGAAGUCUACGAGAUGUGGCGCAACUACCCCUUCCUAUUCGGGCCUGUGGGCUGCUACUUUAAGACUGCCCUCUUUGAGACCGUGUGUUUCGCCUCCAUCCUCAGCGUGACUACGGUCAGCGUGGAGCGCUAUGUGGCCAUCCUCCACCCCUUCCGUGCUAAACUGGAGAGCACCCGCCGGAGGGCCCUCAGGAUCCUGGGCAUCGUCUGGGGUUUCUCCCUCAUCUUCUCUCUGCCCAACACCAGCAUCCAUGGCAUCAAGCUCCACUAUUUCCCCAAUGGGACCUCGGUUCCUGGCUCUGCCACCUGUACAGUCAUCAAGCCCAUGUGGAUCUACAAUUUCAUCAUCCAGGUCACCUCCUUCCUCUUCUACGUCCUCCCCAUGACGCUCAUCAGUGUCCUCUACUACCUGAUGGGGCUCAGGCUGAAGAAAGAUGAAUCCCUUGAGGCAGAUGAAGUGACUGCUAAUAUCCACAGACCUUCCAGAAAAUCAGUGACCAAGAUGCUGUUUGUUUUGGUCGUAGUAUUUGCCAUCUGCUGGACCCCGUUCCACAUUGAUCGCCUCUUCUUCAGCUUCGUGGAGGAGUGGACUGAGUCCUUGGCUGCAGUGUUCAACCUCAUCCAUGUGGUGUCAGGGGUCUUCUUCUAUCUGAGCUCAGCAGUCAACCCAAUUAUCUACAACCUACUGUCUCGCCGCUUCCGGGCAGCAUUUCGGAACGUCAUCUCUCCUUCCUGCAAAAGGUGGCCCUCCCAGGAUCACUCACAGGAACCACCUGCCCAGAGGAACAUCUUCCUGACAGAAUGCCACCUUGUGGAGCUGACAGAAGACACAGGUCCACAGCCUCCCUGUCAGUCACCCAUCUGCAACUCUCAGGUCUCCACGGCCUUCUGCCCUCAACGGCCACCGUGA